CAAGGGCAAGUUUGGCUCAAAUGGCAUCUCUUCGCCGGAAGCUUCAGGGCUCCACUACGUGCCAACCGUGGGAUCGGCUUGGGCACCAUGUGCUUUGGCCUGGUGCCCAUGGCUGUUUGGCUUUCCACUUGGUGAUGCUUGGAUGGUUGCUUUUCCCUGCACUGAGCCUAGAGGAUGCAACAUCCACAAGUGAUGAUGCUAGCGAGAGUAGCCAGGGCGCCACAGGGGAGGGAGACCGCCAAAGCGGAGAACAUCCCCCGGUCGCGUUGAGACUCUUCAGUCCAAUUAGAUCAACGUCACAGGAGGCCUUGAAAGCUGAAGUCAUUGCAGCAGAGGCUGCACUAGCCAUGCGGGCUGAGGUUGAUGCUUUGCUUUACUUUGCUGUACAAACCUGAUCUCUUUUUUUCAACUUCUUGAGCUUUAAGUUAUAUAUUAUGAUAUGUUAUGUCGAUUACUGUAUAGUAUAUUGUAUUAUAUGUUGAUCUCCCCAAAUCUGCGACAACUGAUGUUCUAUAAUGAUAAUGAUGUGCUUGUUCUUUUCCAGGCCAUUCCCAUUCUUUCGUCUCCUUCAGGAUGGCCUUCCAGUGGUGUACGAUUCCCCUGCGGUCUCCAUCUCCUUGCGGAAAGUGGAUCCCCAGACCUUGAUCCAGUCGGGUGCGCACGUGGAGGCGCCCGAUGGCGCCUCGAUCCAGAUCCCCGCCGAUCCUCGGGUGAAGGGCCGGCACGGAGGGCCGGUGACCAUUACGGUCACCAGCUACCAUGCGGGGGAUUCCAUCAAUAAGGACAUGCCACGGAUCAAGUAUGGAGCCGAAGGCAUACAGUUUCAGCCCCAAGAGUCGGACCAUCGAAGCGAGCAGAACGCGUCGUCCAGCGAGAGCCGCAAUGAGACGGUCAACAAGACAGAUCGCGUGGAUUUCUUCAUGACCAGGACCAGUGUCAAUUGGCGCGGGACGAUCGAUGUGAAAGUGCCAGGGCUGGCUGCUAACGUACCAGCACAUGACCGGCCAUGGACACCCUUCGGGGAGGAUGAGCGCUAUGCAGAAGACAAAGCAUCUGUGCGCACGGAACUGGAGCGAUUGGCGUCCUUGGAGCGCUCCGGCGAACGCUUGCGGGGAUACCGAAAGCUGGCGAUGCAAUGGCAUCCUGACAAGCAUCCACCCGAGGAACGAGCGAAGGCCACAGAAGUCUUUGAGUAUUUGCAGGAGCUUCGCUUGGCACUUGGCCUCUCCACCCGCAGCGAUGAGAGCUGAAUUCACACACCCAAGCACCACCUGGUGGAUAUCAUCAAAAGCGAUUUGCCACGAUCAUGAUGCCCAGCACCUUCAGAAAAAGAGCCCCCCAGUCCACGACCUGCGUCGAGACGCGGGGGGACGCGACGCUGCUUCCACGGACGUGAUGGGAGGAUACCGCGGGAGGGCAGAAGAUGCCCAGGGAUGGAUGAGGAGGCAGAGGAUGGUUUGCUUCGGACGAAGAGAAGGA